ACUACAGUGUUCCCAAAGGACCUUGAGUAGAAAAAUAACAGUGACGAAACACCUCAGACGUGAUCCAAAUCAUCCGGACCUUUUAAGAGUGAUAGUGUUCUGUGGAGUGCGUGAGAUGUUUCAGCAACAUUGUUGCUGGAUUAUUUUAACUCAUUGUGUCUCAUUUUUGAGCGCCGUAAACGACAUUCGUAUGGUUCGCCUACCACUGGAUUACACUAUAUGUAGACUGUAAUUAAGAAAUUAACAUAAGAAUCACGAAAUAAUGCUUUUUCCUCAAUUCAUCCUACAUUUUUCUGAAUGUGUCUGGAAUGAAGACGGGAGUCAACCGCUGUAAUCUCUGUAAACCGCUAGGAAUGUUUCCUAAAGAAAUUGCGGUGUAUUCAUAUGCUGCGGUUCAGAGCUUGAUAGUGUUCUAUGGAGUGCGUGACAUGUUUCAGCAACAUUGUUGCUGGAUUAUUUUAACUCAUUGUGACUCAUAGGAUGAUGUCUAAUUUUUGAGCGCUGUAAACUACAUUUGUAUGGUUCUCUGUGAUCGCCUACCACUGGAUUACACUAGCCUAUAUGUAGACAGUAAUUAAGAAAUUAACCUAAGAAUCACGAAAUAAUGCUUUUCCCUCAAUUCAUCCCACAUUUUUCUGAAUGUGUCUGGAAUGAAGACGGGAGUCAACCGCAGUAAUCUCUGUAAACCGCUAGGAAUGUAUCCUAAAUAAAUUGCGUUGUAUUCGUAUGCUGCGGUUCAGAUCUUGGUUCUGUUUUUUUCACGAAUGCGUACGUUUGCAUCUAAAUUCAACUUUAUAUAAAAUGUCCUAUCUUGGAUUAUUAAGUGGACUCUAAAAUAUUCACCGGUCACAGAGUUUGAUAUAUUUGGGGGAAGCACAGGGUGAAGAUCUGAAGGCUCAAAUUAGAAACUUCGGUUUAAGUCUCUGGGUGGGCUGCGGUCGCCAAGAAACGGUGAACAAACCCCGCGAUUGUAGGCUUCAGGAAACAUAUGUACAGGAAAUUGACAGCUUUUCUCCAACGUAUUUUUUUAAGAAUGAACUUAUUUUCUGACUAUCUAGAAGAAGGGAUUGUUGAUUUCAAGGUGACGGCUUGCAAUUCGGCGUUGUAAAAGAGCCUACUGUAUUUUACUGGCGACAUGGAGGAAUGGCUUCAGUGCGGACGAUGGCUGAUCGACUGCAAAGUUUUACCCCCGAACCACCGGGUCGUGUGGCCGUCUGCGAUCGUGUUUGACCUGGCACAGUUGCUCAGAGACGGAGUGCUGUUGUGUCAGAUGCUGCACAACCUGUCACCAGGAUCCAUAGACCUGAAGGAAAUCAACUUCAGACCGCAGAUGUCACAGUUUCUGUGUCUAAAAAACAUACGGACAUUUCUGAAGGUCUGUCACGACAAACUGGGCCUACGGAACAGCGAGCUGUUUGAUCCUUUUGACCUGUUUGACGUGCGGGAUUUUGGGAAGGUCAUCUCUUCCCUGUCCAGACUCUCUCAUCACAAUAUUUCCCAGAUCAAAGGCAUCAGACCCUUCCCCUCGGAGGACACGGUAGUGGAUAAGGAUGAUGUGUACCAGCGCCUGAAGGAGCUUGCUGAAGAGCAUGAUGUCGGGGACGAUGACAUCUAUGACUGCGUGCCAUGUGAGGAAGAUGGCAUCUACGAGGACAUCAUCAGUGUGGAGGUUCGACAGCCCAUGCCUCCUGAUGAGUGUCAGCUUGGUCUCUUAACGCUGCAGAUCAGGUACAUGCAGAAGAUGGGCAUGACAGAGGACGAUAAGAGGAACUGCUGCCUGCUGGAGAUCCAGGAGACAGAGGCCAAGUACUACAAGACCCUGGAGGACAUCGAGAAGAGUUAUAUGAUUCCACUGAAGCAGGUCCUGAGUCCACAGGAUAUGGAAGCCGUUUUUGUUAAUCUUGAGGAGGUGAUCAAGGUGCACUUAGCUUUGCUGAAGGCCAUUGACAUGAACAUGAUGAGCGGGGGCAAUGGCCUGGGAAAAAUCUUCCUGGACUUCAAGGAGCACCUGCUGAUCUAUGGUCAAUACUGCAGUCACAUGGAAGGUGCCCAGAAGACCCUGUACACUCUCAUCAACUCACGGGAAGACCUCAGGAUGAAAGUGGAGGAAUGCACAAUGAGGGUGCAGGAGGGGAAGUUUAAGCUACAGGAUCUACUAGUCGUGCCCAUGCAGAGGGUUCUGAAGUACCAUCUCCUGCUGAAGGAGCUACUAAGUCACUCAGUUAAUAGGCCAGAACAACAGGAGCUGAAGGAGGCCUUGGAGGCCAUGCAGGAUUUGGCUAUGUAUAUAAAUGAGGUGAAAAGAGACAACGAAACCUUGAAGAAAAUAAAUGAAUUUCAGGACUCAAUUGAAAACCUGCACAUGAAGCUGGAGGAAUAUGGAAGACCCAAGAUGGACGGAGAGCUGAAGGUGUGCUCUGUCAUCAACCGCACCAAGCAGGACAGGUACAUUUUCCUGUUUGAUAAGGUAGUGGUUGUCUGCAAGCGGAAAGGGUAUAACUAUGAGCUGAAGGAGAUCAUUGAGCUCCAGGCAUAUAAAAUGACAGAUGACCCCAUGAGCAACAGAGACAUGAAGAAGUCGAGUGGAAAGAUGUGGUCCUAUGGUUUUUAUCUGAUCCAGCUGCAGGGGAAACAGGGGUUCCAGUUCUUCUGUAAGACAGAGGAUAUGAAGAGGAAGUGGAUGGAACAGUUUGAAAUGGCCAUGUCAAAUAUAAAGCCUGAUAGAGCCACCGCCAACCAUCAUAAUUUCCAGAUGCACACAUUUGAGAAGAACACCAGCUGCAAGACCUGUAAGAUGUUGCUGAGGGGCAUCUUCUAUCAGGGGUACUACUGCCCCAAGUGUGGGACCAGUGCCCAUAAGGAAUGCCUGGAGGCUGUGUCCAUCUGCAAAAUAAGUCCUCACCAUACAGAGUGUGGACUGACAACAUCAGGUCCAAAGAUGGUGGCAAUACAGAAUUAUCACGGCAGCCCCACUCCUCCAGGGACACCUGUGCUCACCUUCCACACUGGUGACAUCAUCGAGUUGCUGAAGGGGGACCCUGACACCUUGUGGUGGGAGGGGAAGCUCUUCCAGUCCCAGAAGACUGGCUUCUUCCCCAGCUCCUACGUCAAGCCCUGUUUGGAUCCAAAGCCAUCACCCAGUCGUCAGUCAUCCAGAGAGAUGGAUUAUAAUGCAUAUCUGUGGUUUGCGGGGAACAUGGAAAGGCAGCAAGCUGAUAACCUGCUGAAGUCCCACAGCAGUGGGACCUACCUGAUCCGUGAGAGAACGGCAGAGGCAGAGAGAUUCGCCAUCAGCAUCAAGUUUAAUGAUGAGGUGAAGCACAUUAAAGUUGUAGAGAAAGACAACUGGAUCCACAUAACUGAGGCUAAGAAGUUUGAAAGCCUUUUGGAGCUGGUUGAGUACUACCAGGCACACUCUUUAAAAGAGAGCUUCAAGCUGUUGGACACAACGUUACAGUACCCCUACAAAUCCCAAGAGCAGUCAAACUCUCGCUCCAGUAUGCGGUCUCCAGCCUCCAGUGCCUCCUAUAGCUUCUCUUUCCACAGUCCACAGGGCUACUCCUCACAAGGCUCCACCCCUUUCUGGUCAGUGUUUUCCCCUCGGCCCAUUGGCACGGCGAUCGCCAGGUACAACUUUGCGGUGCGUGACCUGCGGGAGCUGUCCCUCAGAGAGGGUGACAUAGUCAAGAUCUACAGCAAAAUUGGUGGUGACCAGGGCUGGUGGAAAGGCGAAGCCAGUGGCAGGGUUGGCUGGUUCCCCUCAACAUAUGUGGAUGAAGAAGGAGUGCAGUGAUUGAAAUCGUACGCUCCUAUCCAAUCAGAAGAUGAUCCUUUCACUGCCCUUUGAGAGGACUGUUUGGUUUCUAUGAAAACUCUUGUGGACUAUUUUCUAUUGUUCUUAUUUCUUUGUUUCAGCAAAAAACCCAGUUUACUUUGGUGGUAUAUGAAUUAGCUUCCUUUCGUUUUCAUUUGUUGUAAAAGGUGUUUUAAAUGAGAAGUUCAUAAUUGUGUAGUUCAACAGCUCCUGGGUUGAAUUGAUCUCAGGCCAGUCUUUACAAUAAUGAGAAGAGAUCUCAGAUCAGUUCUGGUAACGCUGAUCAGUUUUGGGGAUGAUCGGUUUUUUGCAAUGUUGACAAAAUGCAUUUACCUGUUCCUUUGCUUUUUCUCAGUUUUUAGAAAGGGUGGUACUGCAAUCUGCUACGCCACUUGCACUCAGUCAAGGUGCGCUGCAUCCUACAUACACAGUUCUCUAUUACGCACCAUGCUGUUACACUCACUUUACAGGUGACUCUUCUACAGUAAAGCCCUACAGUAAAGAUC